AUGGCUUUUUCUAGAGAUUGGUCAUUUUACAACUAUACGCCUAGUUUAGGUGCGGCUAUAGUGUUUAUUAUUUUAUUCAUACUUGCCACAGCAACAUUCUCCUACCAGGUAUGGUACACUUCCAAAGUGGCUGCCCAAUUGUCCAAAAACCCGUUUGUGCCCGAAGAGGAACUGAAUGAACCUACUAAAAAGAGAGAGAGCAAAAUGUACAGUAUCAAGUCGGCCUCUAACGCUCAUAUUCCAUUUUUCAUUGGAUGCGCUCUGGAAAUCGUGGGCUUCAUCUGCAGAGCUAAGAGCGCGACUGAUAUUAACAAACUGACACCGUUCAUUAUACAAAACAUGUUUGUGCUGGUGGCGCCUACAUUUUUUGCAGCGACGAUCUAUAUGAUUUUUGGAAGAGUUUUAUUUCUGUUGGAUUGCCAGUCGCUCAUGCCUAUAUCGCCUCGUUAUGGUACAACAUUUUUUGUCACCGGUGAUGUUAUCAGCUUUUUGCUGCAAGGAACAGGUGGUGGGUUGAUGGCUUCUUCUGGCGGAAGGAAUAUAGGUUCCUAUAUUGUGAUUAUUGGUCUAUUCGUUCAAGUCGUCUUCUUUGGGUUUUUCAUUCUUAUGGAGAUCAGAUUUACGAUGUGCAUUCAGAAGACAUGUCCCUACUUUUGGAAGCUAUCCAGAAAAUGGUGGUUUUUGAAUUUGAGUUUGCUAGUAAGCAGCAUACUCAUUUUGAUACGUUCCAUUGUCCGUAUUGUUGAAUCUAUCCAGGGUUACAAAGGCUACAUCAUGAGUCAUGAGUGGUUCCUGUAUAUUUUUGAUGCGCUACCAAUGUUUUUCGUGAUUGUUUCGUUCUGCAUUGCCUCAUAUUUUGGAAACAUUUUUGACGUUACGAUAGAGUGUCGCGAACUCAAGGAGACGCCGCAGGAAAUUGAUGCGGAAUAUUCCGGCAAGGAAGACAUUGUGUAA